AUGGUCACUGGCACGCCUGGUCCAUGUGUCGGCAACAUUGCGCCCAUUGAGCGCCUGGGUUUCAGCGGUCUUUGUCUCCAGGAUGGUCCACUUGCGAUUCGCCAAGCUGUCGAAGCAUCUGUCUUCCCAGCCGGUCUCUCCGUCGCUGCAUCUUGGGACCGUGCAUUAGCCCAUCAGCGCGGCGUCUACAUGGCCACUGAGUUUCGCGAGAAAGGCUCACACAUUGCUCUCGGACCUGUAGUGGGCCCUCUUGGCCGAUCGCCUUUCGGCGGCCGCAACUGGGAAGGGUUCAGUCCCGACGCGUAUCUCUCUGGCGUUCUUGUCGAAGACUCGAUCAUCGGCAUGCAGAGUACAGGUGUGCAGGCCUGCGUCAAGCACUAUAUAUUGAAUGAGCAGGAGACGCAGCGGAAUCCUUCGACGAGCAACGGCACUACUAUCGAAGCGCUGAGCUCGAACAUUGAUGAUAAGAACUCAAAGACCCUGAAUGGGCUACUCAAGGAGGAGCUCGGAUUCCAAGGCUACGUGAUGUCUGACUGGGCAGCGACUCACUCGGGUGUUGCCUCGAUUGAAGCUGGACUGGAUAUGGACAUGCCCGGAGGCAUCGGCUUCUUCAGUGGAACGUCGUCCUUUUUUGGCGGCAAUGUGACCACUGCGGUGUUGCUGAUCAUGGACAUGUUCAGAAACAACGGCACGCUAUCUGUUCAACGCGUGGAUGACAUGGUUCUGCGCAUCAUGACACCAUACUUUUACCUGGGCCAGGACGCCAACUUCCCACCCGUCGACGGUUACACUCCAAAACUUGGGUUCUUUCCGAGUGAAAACUAUGUUAGUAACUUCACCCUGGGUCCAGUUGUCGACGUUCGGAAGGAAGAGCACGAAAGGCUCAUUAGAGAGCUGGGUGCAGCAGGCACUGUCCUAUUGAAGAACACUAAUGGCUCUCUGCCGUUGCGGCAACCCAAGAGAAUCGGAGUCUUCGGAAACGAUGCAGCAGACGUCACCGAAGGCCAAUAUCUGCAAUCAGACUAUGACAUUGGGACUCUUGCAGUUGGCGGUGGAAGUGGAACUGGCCGAUUCUCUUCCCUGGUAUCGCCGCUUGAGGCGAUCAAAACUCGAGCGCGAUCUUACCGGGCACAAGUGCAGUACAUCACUAGCAACGAUGUGAUCGUCAGCGGUGCCAUGUCCUCCAUCGCUCCACUUCCGUUGGAUGUGUGUGUCGUUUUCCUCAAGUCUUGGGCAAGUGAGGGCGAAGACCGUACCACCUUGAUCGCGGAAUGGAACUCAACCAAAGUUGUUGAAGAGACUGCAAAAGUGUGCAAUAACACAGUCGUGGUUUUGCACGGUGCCGCACCAAACACUCUUCCAUGGCGGGACCACCCCAAUGUCACCGCCAUCUUGGCCGCACAUAUGCCAGGUCAGGAUACGGGCAACUCGAUUGUGGACAUUCUAUGGGGCGACGUGAACCCAUCUGGAAAACUGCCAUACACCAUUGCCAACAACGAAACCGACUACGCCAAGAACCUCGUCACCAGCGCACCGCUCGCAUCAGCGACCAAUCCUGAUGCAUGGCAAGCGGACUUUGUCGAAGGCAAUCUUAUCGACUACAAAGAGUUCGAUGCAGCCAACACCAGUGUUGCAUACGAGUUUGGCUUCGGGCUCAGCUACACCACAUUCAAUCUGACGAACAUGACUUCCAGCAUCGUAGUCGCCAACGCAUCUCGAACACCGAACCCAGCCGCCCCAAUUCUCCCGGGCGGCAAUGUCGAGCUUUGGGCCACACUCGCCACAGUCGAUGUAACCGUCAAUAAUACCGGCAAGAGAGACGGAGCAACGGUCGCACAGCUGUAUCUCUCGUUCCCAGACGAAGCGGCUGCCCCUGUCCGAAGUUUGCGGGGCUUCGAGAAGGUAACACUCCCGGCUGGAGGCUCGACUCGGAUCCAAUUCGACUUGUGCAGACGCGACCUGAGCUAUUGGGAUGUUGUUGCGCAGACGUGGCGUUUGCCUCAAGGAGGUGUCAAAGUGAGCGUGGGCUUCAGCUCGCGAGACCUUGUGCUUCAAGGAACGUUGGCGGUUUGA